GACCAAUGAGCGUGUUCGGAAAGCCGGCACAGCAUCCUCCGGUCCGCCGGAGUUCGCGGGAAAGCGGUUGGGUAAUGACAAUACAGCAAGCACGAUUGGACAGGAAUCAAACGGUUUCUAUUGCUACUAAAGCACAAUGUGGCAUUAAUCGAGCCGUUUUUAGCUUCUACGGUUAAAAACUGAAUAGUGUCACUGCUUGAACUCGUCGUCUAGCUAUGACUGUUGUCCAGGCUCGUAGGCGCUAACACCCGAUGCUUUCUAGCUAGGUUGUCACGUUGGGCGAAAGAAUAUUGGGCUUCAUGCGGCUGGACGGAGAAAAUAUUGCUGAGUAGAAAGAGACAAAGGGCUGCCUCUACCUGGCACGAAAGAGAAGGUUACCAUGAGUGUGUUCAACUUGGACCGUUUUCGUUUCGACAAGAAGGCGACGACUGCAGCGAACAAAGAACAGAUUAACGGGUCCAAAAGCCCGGAGUCAGAGAAGGAGAACAAACCAGCACAGAUGAAAGCUGUCAAAGCGCAACCAAAGGCCCACGCCCGUGGAGUAGUGUUUGACGAAGCCAUCACUUCGGACUCAGAAGACGAUGAGGUCCUCUCUGAACCAAAAUCCAAAAUCUCAUCAGCAAGAAAAUCCACGAAUCCCACCUGCAGAUCAUCGCUAAAUGAGGCUCCUGGUGACGAGGACAGCCAACUGGAGGAGAAAGCAGACAGACUGCUAGAGAUGUUUCCUCAGUUGACAAGGAAGGAAGUUUUAGAGAUUGUUGGAAGCACAAGCACAUUGGAUGGUGCUGUAGCCGCAUGCCUUUUAAGAUUUGGUGAUAAAGGAGGUCCUGAAUCCAGCAAGAAGAGGAAGAAGGAUGAAUCAAAAAGUUCUCAGGACAGUAAUAAAAAUCAGCCUAGCAAGAGGAGAAAACCAUCUAUGGUCUCAGAUGAAGAAUCUGACUCUAAACAACCAAGCUGGGAGAAGCAAGAGGCCAUGGUGAGAAAACUGCAGAAAAAGUUUCCUGACCAGGAUAAGGAGGAACUAAGGAUGGUGCUGCAGGAACACAACUGGGAAAUUGAGGAUGCUCUGCAGGUUCUGCAGAUGUUCUCAGACACCGAUCACACCAGUUUCAGCUCACAUGAGUCAGAAGACAAGAAAUCCAACAAGUCAAAGAGUAAAGAAAAGUCAAGUCAUGGCCAGCUGAGAAGCCACAAACAUCAUAAAAAUGAGAAAAAUGUUCAAGCUUUCAAAGACUAUGUUAGUGAAACGGAGGGAGAUAGUGAAGAUGACACAGAUGCUACAAAGGACAAAAAAAACAAUUCAGACACAAAUAAAAGUGUGGAUUCCAAACAAAGGAGUAACUCCUCUACUCUGUCUACAUGGCUUAUAAAAAGUUCUGAUUCAGAGUCUUCAGCUUCUUCAGCCAAGAAAGUGUCUACCUUUAACACUCCAAAGCCAUCCUCUUCAUCCUCUUCAUCCUCUUCAUCCUCUGCUGCCCAGAUGCUCUCCAAAUUUGCCAGUGGCACCAGUAUAGCUAAGAAGGAGGCGGAAGAGAGAAAAAGAAAGGCGCGCGCUUCCAACGAAAAUGUCAGUUCAGAGGAAGAAAAUGACGACGAAGAGGACACUGUCAGCAGCGAGUUCGAGGACUCGAACGAUGAGCUGGACUGUGAAGGCAUCAUGACAGACUUGAAGAGGGAGAUUCUCGCUUUCUUCCAGGAUGCCUUGAUAGAUGAGCUGUCGCUAAUCUCUGGCUGCUCCGUUAAAAAGGCCCAGAAAAUCGUGGAACUGAGACCAUUUGACAGCUGGCAAAGUCUGAUUGAGGUCUUCCAUAAGGAGAAUGGACUCUCUGAGGAUUUGCUGAUGGGUUGCAGAGUUGUCCUCAAAGAGCGGAAAGUUGUCCUCGGGCUCAUGUCCAAAUGUGAGACCAUCUCUUCCAAAAUGGUCAAACAGGUCACUAAGCUGAUGGAGAAAGCCACGGGGGGCGUGGAACAGCCCAGCAUUCUCAACAGCAAGUUUCAUCUGAAACCCUAUCAGCUGAUUGGUCUGAAGUGGCUGCUGCUUCUGCAUGAGCAUAAACUGAGUGGCAUCCUCGCUGAUGAGAUGGGUUUGGGGAAAACUAUCCAAGCUAUAGCGUUUUUGGCCCAGUUAUAUCAGAAUGGGAUAGAGGGCCCCCACCUCAUCACUGUGCCCUCCUCUACACUGGAUAACUGGGUCAGAGAACUGAAGCUGUGGUGUCCAAGCCUCAAAGUGCUCGUCUAUUAUGGUACUAUGGAGGACCGCCGCUACCUCAGACACGACAUCCUUAAUGAGGACGUUGAGUUUAAUGUCAUUGUCACCACCUACAACUUGGCGAUAGGAAAUGACAGCGAUCGCAGCCUUUUCCGUAAGCUGCGUCUGACGUAUGCUGUGUUCGAUGAAGGCCACAUGUUGAAAAACAUGAGCUCUCUGCGCUACCGGCACCUUAUGGCCAUUAAUGCUGAACAUCGUUUGCUGCUGACUGGAACUCCUUUACAGAACAACCUCUUGGAGCUGAUGUCUCUCCUGAACUUCAUCAUGCCUUCUAUGUUCUCCAGCUCCACUACACAGCUCUCUAAAAUGUUUUCUCUGAAAUCCCACGAUGAGCAGAGCCGUUUUGAGCGGGAUCGUAUUUCUCAGGCCAAGCUUAUAAUGAAACCAUUCAUUCUCCGUAGAGUCAAGAGUGAGGUUCUUAAGCAGUUGCCAGCAAAACAAGAGAAGGUGGAGUUCUGCUCAAUGAGUGAGAAACAGCAGGUUCUCUACCAGACCCUGCUCAAUAAACUCAAGAGAUCAACUAAUGGCGAGAAGCGUGAAUUAUGUAAUGUGAUGAUGCAGUUGAGGAAAAUGGCCAACCACCCUCUGCUUCAUAGACAGUAUUACACCACAGAAAAGCUCAAAGCCAUGAGCAAACUCAUGCUCAAGGAACCAACUCACUUUGAUGCAGAUGCUGCUCUGAUUCAGGAGGACAUGGAGGUGAUGUCAGACUUUGAGCUGCACCGCUUGUGUCAGCAGUACUCCUCCAUCCGCUCCUACCAGCUUGAAAACAAUCUGCUGCUUGACUCAGGGAAAUUUCUCCACCUCACAGAGCUGCUCGACACACUUAAAAAGAAGGGUGAUCGUGUAGUGUUGUUCAGUCAGUUCACCAUGAUGCUGGACAUUGUGGAAGUGCUGCUUACACAUCUCAAGCAUCGUUAUGUCAGACUGGAUGGAUCCACACCCAUUGCAGACAGGAUCGUACUGAUCGAUGAGUUUAACACGGAUCCUGACAUAUUUGUGUUCCUGUUGUCAACCCGAGCUGGUGGCCUGGGCAUCAACCUCACUUCUGCUAAUGUUGUCAUCCUACAUGACAUUGAUUGCAAUCCCUACAAUGACAAACAGGCAGAGGACAGGUGUCAUCGUGUAGGCCAAACCAGGACUGUACAGGUGAUCAAGCUGAUCAGUAAGGACAGCAUAGAGGACUGCAUACUGCAGCUGAGCCACAAGAAAUUAAAGCUGGAGCAGGACAUGACUGCAACUGAACAAGGUGGUGAGGGGACCAUACCUGAUGAUAUGGCAACUUUGCUCAAAGCCUCUCUGGGACUGUAACGCACACAAACACGUGAAACACGAGUGUCCAGAUACAGUUCAAUCGCAUUCCUGUGGUUCUUGGCUAAGCAGACUGUUUUGUUUCUAUACUGGAGAACUACUGAAAUGCUGCCAUAUAGAUUUCCUGUGUGGCAUGGUGGCCGUGCCUGCAACACUACUUUUACACGUUCACACAUUUUGCCCUUACGUUGACAACGUGAUCAGGAGAGAAAGGUUCAACAAAUAGCUGUGCCUUUUUAAAUCUAGUGGUAUAACUUGGUACAGGAGAAGCGCCAAUCUGUGGAAACUUGAACAAAAACCCCAAACCGCUACAAACGCAACACUUUUUGGCGUACGCCAAUAAACUUGUGAUACUCUGGGUAUUAUGACUGAAAAGACUUUUAAAAAGUAAAUUCCCAAACCCCUGUGACGUGAUGUUUGUGUUAUCCAUACUUAGGUAACUAUGAUGGUAAGUACAAUAAGAAUGUUAGUUGUCUUUGUUAGAUUAAAUAUAUCAAAUUGUUCAAAUUAUAUUGUACACAAUUUUACCUGUUUAAAGUUCAGUUUACAGAGGUUUUGCUGCUGUUCCAUGACAGGGUUUGAACAGCAGGUGGUGGACUUCACUCUGCUGCCAAUACUGAUCAGACUCUUAUUGCAUAGAAAUUAGCAACAUAUCUGAGGAAUUGUGUCAUCUGUCACUGAGUAUGGUGUGGUGGUGUCAUGUUUUUUUUUUUAUUCCGUUACCAUUCACAAUUGAUUUGCUCCUGCAAGAGUUUAAUACACAAACAUGCCCAUUUUUCUGUGGAGAUGAUGUGCAGAUCUCUAUUCAAAGACAGUGAAAUCUAACAUUGAAUGUUUUGCAUAAACAUGGUGCUCAAGUUGACUUUCAAUUAGGACAAUGAUGGCAGCAGCUGCAUUUGUUUACUGUGUUAAGUGGCGGCUGUGUUGUAAUUGUAUGCGUGUUACUGUAAGAGCUUACUUACUAAGCAUUUCUAUGUUGUUGUUUUUUUUUUUUUAAACUUUAGGUUCCUUUUUGAAUUUAAUAAAUAUUGGUAUAAAAGUUUUGUCUGACUA